AAAAACAUUAAUGGGCAUUAAAAAAGUUCAAAAUACAAAAAGCUGAAAAAGUGGAGUACUGGAGUAUUAAAAGUCCCACUCUUAUCAUUUUCAAUGCUUCCCAUUAACCAUCACAUGCUCUCCAGCUCCUUUCGAUGGGAAAAAUAUAUGAAAAUAAACAAAUUUCUAAAUAAAAACCCUUCUCAUCCUGCACAGCAGGAUUUCCAAAUCCUACUUGUGGGGUUGUUACCUGCAAUUUGAGCUGACAUUCCACAGAUCUUAGCAGACUUGGUUUCUAUAUCUUUUUUUUUUUUUCUUUUUAGUGGUUGGAAUCGGAACUUGUUUUCACAUUUAUUACAGGGUUUCCCUUCUGAAUCUCUGAUCUCUGUGUGAUGGUUUUGGUCUCCAGUCAAAGGUAUAAUGAUUUCUGCCAUUUGGAUGAACUCCUAAUGUGAUAUUGGGAGUUUGAUGUUACAUAACACUGACAUGGAAAAAAGAAAAUGGUUGUGGAAGAGGAAGUCUUCUGAGAAAAGUCCUGGAGAAACAGAAAGUUCAGAAUCAGUAUCUUCGCACUCUGAUGACCAGGAGCCACUAAAUGCAUCACCCAAUCAUAAUUCGCACUCACCAGAAGUCAUAUCAAAACCUGCAGUCACUGGUAAAGAAAUCAAUGACAGUCUCAAGGUCUUGACAGAGAAACUAUCAGCUGCUCUUGCAAAUGUUAGUGCCAAAGAAGACUUGGUUAAGCAGCAUGCCAAGGUGGCUGAAGAAGCUGUAGCAGGGUGGGAAAAGGCAGAAAACGAGGUGGCAGUUUUAAAACAGCAACUUGAGUCCGAAGUUCAGCAAAAUUCAGUCCUCGAAGAUCGCGUGAGCCAUCUUGAUAGAGCUCUCAAGGAAUGUGUUAGGCAGCUUAGGCAAGGAAAAGAGGAGCAGAAGCAAAAGAUUCAUGAAGCUGUGUUGGGAAAAACCCGUGAAUGGGAAACCACAAAAAUCGCUCUCCAAAAUCAGAUUUUCCAAUUCCAGACCCAAUUAGAAGCUGCCAAAUGCCAAUCUCCACCUUCCAUUGAUCCUGAUCUACACAUGAAGAUCGAAUAUUUGGAGAAAGAGAACUCAGCUCUCACGUGUGAGAUUAUUUCUCGAUCCGAGGAAUUGGAAAUCAGGACGAUUGAGAGAGACUUGAGUGCCGAAGCAGCAGAAACUGCUAGCAAGCAGCAUUUGGAAAGUAUUAAGAAGGUGGCAAAGCUUGAGGCUGAGUGCAGAAGGCUUCAAGCGGUGGCUAAAGGGAAAUCCUCUUUGGGUAACGAUCAAAAAUCUCUUUCUGCUUCCUCAAUUUGUGUAGAGUCUCUGACAGAUAGUCAGUCGGAUAGUGGGGAAAGGCUAAAUGGGUUAGAAAUUGGGAAUUCAUGGGCAUCAGCUCUAAUUACUGAGCUUGAUCAAUUUAAGAACGAGAAAAAUAUUGUCAGAAAAAGUAUUUCGAGUCCUCUUGAUAUCGAAAUAAUGGAUGAUUUUCUGGAAAUGGAGCGACUUGCUUCACUACCUGAGGCCAAUUCUGAGGCCCAUUGCCCUGACUCAGUUUCUGAUACCCAUCAAAUUAUUACUGAAGAAAGCCCCCUUAUAGCUGAACUUGAAGUAAUGAGUAACCGUGUUGGUGAAUUGGAGGAGAAGUUAAUGCAAAUAGAAGUCGAGAAAGCAGAACUGGAGAAAAGUUUAAGUGAAUGCCAAGGUUCUUUGGAGGCAUCUCAGGGGCAGUUUAAGGAAGCUGAAAUGAGGUUGGAGGAGUUGCAGAAGGAACUAACUGUGGUGAACGAGUCAAAGGAACUGCUUGAGUUUCAGCUAAUUGGUAUGGAUGUGGAGGCAAGGACUAUGAUUUCAAAGGUUGAGUCGCUUAAAGAAGAGGUUGAAAAGGAGCGGAGUUUGGCAGUAGAAACAGCUGUAAAGUGCCGAGAAUUAGUGGAUGAGUUAACAAGGAAAUCUCAAGAAAUUGAAAUCCAGCAGAUUGCUAUUUCAAAUAGCAAACCUAAAGUAACCCAGGAUGACCUCGAUGGAGCAGCAGGGAAACUUGCAGAGUGCCAAAAAACGAUAGCAUCUCUGGGGAGGCAGCUCCAAUCUCUUGCAACACUGGAAGAUUUCCUUACGGACACUGCCAAUCUACCAGGCUUCUCUGGAGGAGGAUCUUCGGUUAACGGAGCCAGUGAGCUAUGGAAGUUGCAUUCUAAUGACACUUUUACACCUAAGAGUGACUCAAAUCCUUCGAAAAUGGCUUUGGAGAACUCCGGUCCUUCAGUCAAUGGUAAUGGUGAAACAUCAUCGGUUUCUUCAUCAUCGUCAACUUUGUCGUCGGUGUCGUUAAAUCAUGUCAGCUCUGCUAAGAGCCAAAACGGUUUCGGAAAGUUGUUCUCGCGAAGUAAGAGUGGAAUUAAACUUGAAAACCACAAAGCAUAGGCAAUUGAGGAUAUUAGCAGAAACAGAGAAAAGGAAUUCCACGGAUUCUUGUGUUGUAUAAUUGAUUGAAGCCGAUUAAAUGCUGCUUAAUUGGAAAGGAAAAUGCUAGGGACAAAGAAAGCUUUUCUUGAAAGUAUUUCAAAAAAAGCAACUAGUGAUUGAGAUUCAUUUUGAUAUGUGUGACCCAGUCAUAAAGUGAUUUUUAAUCACGGAUUGCUUUUUUCAAGGUACUUUUGAAGUAAAUUUUCU